AUGGAUGGAUUAUACGACGAUUUGGAAAACUAUAAUCACGAUACGAUAGUUGAAGAUUUAAAAAAUGAAAACCAAGAGCUUAAAGUACAGCUUAAUAAGUAUUCCACACAUUUAAAUCGGUUACAGAUGAUAAUUUUACAGGAUUUUGACAGACUUAAUGCAGAACACAAAAAGUUGGAAAUGAAUUAUUCAUCAUUGCUGAAAACAGCAAAGAGUGAAAUUGAAAGGAAAACAAAAAUGAUAAAGCAACUUAAUAUAGAGAAGGACGAGUUUGUCAUUAAAGCAUUCCAAAAUAAAGGAAAAAGGUUCUUUCCUCAUACUAAACCAGAACAAGGGUUUUCAAAAACAAGAGAUAUUGGACGGCAACCAGUGGAAAAUUUUUCUGAUAGAGCAAACACAGAAACAAAAACACGUGUUUCCAUACCUACAUUAGAAACAAAAGAAAAUAUUUUUAAGAAUAGAAGUGAUGGAACAUGUCUUAAAAUUGAUAGUCGUAGGAAGUCACUACCUGCUACUAGUCAUGUUAAUAAACCACCGAUAACUUCUGACGAUGAGAAUGAAGAGUCUGACCUAUAUAAACAUAAAAAAAUAAGAGAUUACAAAUAUUCAGACAGACAAAGAGAUAGGAGAUUUUCAGGAAAAAAUGAAAAGAAUUGUGAUUACAAAACCAAUGUGGAAGGCAGUGAAAGAAGAAAACAUUUAAAGCAUUACGAAGAUAGGUACAGGUCAAGAGAUAAAUCCCGACAUAGACGAUAUAAGAGUCCACUUAGCAAUCACUGGGAGAACUAUGGCCAUCAACAACACAGUCGGUCUAGAAGCCCUCCAAGUGACAGAUUUAUCAAAAAAAGAAGUCACGAUCGGCUGCCCCACAUUGAAACAGAUUCUUCAAAUGAAAAGCAUACCACAAAACAUAAAUUAUUGCCUCUCUCUGAAGAACCAAUCAAUAAAAAAAUGAGAACUGACCCUGACAUGUAUCAGGAAAAUCUUAAUAAUAGUUUAUCAGAUGGUGAAGUUGUUGAGCCAAGUCCAACAUUAAUUUCCCCAGUGGAGCCAUACCAUUCUUGCCAGUCACCUGAUCAUAUACACUCCCACUUGAAUGAUAACAAGACUCCCAUAAAAGAAAUAAUGCAGACAGCCGAUAGCCCUCAGGAUGAUCCCAGACUAACUAGCAAUAAGUAUGUUUUGCAUACUGAAAAUAAUAAGAUUUGUUUGAAAACUGUAUAUAGUGGAGAAAUUUGUAUGAAACUUGUGAAUCAAUCAACCUGGACAAAUUCAAAAGCGCCUGUUCCUGAUACUUUACUUCAUAAACCAUCAUCUAUAUUUGAAACAAAUGAGGAUAUUAUUUCGGAGAUAUAUUCAAAUAUUGAAAAUUUUACGUCAGAAGUAGCAUUUCAAUCACGUGUGGGUGACAAUAGUCCACAUGUAACUAAGACUAUCAAAGAUGACACUGAUCUUACAGAAAAACGUGACACACAUUGUCCACAAAAGAUGAAUAAGAAAAAUCUUGAUUCUAUUGAAGUACACAAGACUCAUACCACUUAUGAUAAUUCAGACUGCAAUGUUGGCACAUCAAAGGAUAAUUCAAAUAAUUCACUAAAAGAUGUUGGUGAUAAUCACAAAACUCAAAAACCUUUCCAUGAUAUUCAACUUUCUCUAGAUGCAACAGACACAGAGAAAGUUCCAUUUAGUGAUUCUCAAAGUUAUGUAGAUCACUAUCAAGUUCUUCAUGUUAGUGGAACUGUUGAAGGAGAUUUGUUGUUAAGUGAUGAUGCUAGUGAUGAUAAUUUGGAACUCCAAAAUAACACCACCAAUAAUCAUAAUCUAAAUAAUAAGAAAGAAAAAUUUCCCCUAAAGAUUAAGCUAAAGCGCACGAAACUCUGUAAAAAAUUGACUGAUUCCCAAAAUAAAAUAAAUAUCACAGAUGAAUCAUUAUUGACUCAACAAAAAGAUAACCAUGAUGUAGCCUUAGAUUUGGAUAGUAAUGAUGACAAUAAGAGUUUAAAUUCUUACAGGAGAAGUUUAAAUGAUGAACACAAAACCUUAAUUAAAAGCAAUGGCUGUCAAAUAGUUGAAGAAGAUAAUGCAAGAACAAAUAUGACCGAAAGUGAUGUCAAUUUAAGUCCAAUGAAAGGUAAUAAACCAUGUGGAGAAGUAGUACACGAUUUAACUGUAGACAGUAGUAAUGCACAGCCGAAGAAAAGUAAAUUUCAAGAAUAUUGUCUUGAUAAGUAUACAGUUGGUCAACAAAUAGAAGAGAAUAAUCCUUUCAUUGAAAUAGAUGAAAAUAGUGAUAAUAAAGAUGAUUUAAUCCAUGCUUCGGGAGCAGAAAAGAAAGUUAAAAAUUCAGAUAUGCCUUUAACAAAAAAGAAAAAUUCAAAAAAUAAUUUCAAGUCGAAGAAAACUGAGACAAUAAGCCCUGAAAGCAACUCCAAAAGUGAAGCAGUUAAAGAUCCACCAAAAAAAGUUGACAAAACUGGCAAAAAGAGCAAAUCUACUAAGAAAACGACGUCGAAAGAUAAAAUUCAAGAUGCAAAAGAUGGUAAUUCAAUUGAUAUUAAUUCAAAACAAGAUGGUAUAAACAAUAUUUGUCCAAAAGAAACAAACGAAAAACAUAUAGUAGGAUGUGAAACAAAAGAAGGAAUUAAAAGCGACACAUUUAAGGUAGCUUUGAAUGUUAAUUCUGAAGCAGUGGCUAAAUCGAACAAUGACUGUAUGGGACAUGUUGUUGAAGGCCGGAAGAAAACUGUAAGCAGUAAUAAAUCACGCACACUAACAAAACGUGCCGAGAAAGAAGAAAAGGCCAAAGAUAAUACCUUGUGUGGUAGUAGUACCAAACCAACGAGCUCGAUAUUUCAUAAAGACGACGCAAAAGAAGUUCGUUCUAAAUUUUGUGAACUAUUUGGUGACAGUAACAGUUUAAUAUCGCCCGAAGAUUUAGGCAUACCUAAUAAAGUAGCUGAAGUAAAGGCAUCAAGCAAAUUUGAAUGCGUCUUUGACGACACACAAAGUGCUGUAGAUCUCAGUGUAGAAAGUAUAAAAGCGUCAGAGCCCCAUAAAUGUAUUGCUACUAACACGGUAGUAGAUAAUGAGGAAGUUAUUGAUACCAACAUAAAAUCUUUUAAAACAAUGAAUCCGGAAGAUAUUUAUGAAAAUUUGAACACGGCUGUGUCUAUGGACAGUGCAAACGUUGUGAUUAUAUCGAAGGGGGUUCAAUCAGCGCGCUCCGAGAGUCAAGGCCUUGUGGAUAUUGCGAAAUUAGAGACUGUACAAAGUACUAAAGAAAGUCAAUCGCUUGCAUUGAAAGCUUUGGCAACUUCAACCCCAUAUAAAAUUGAUACAGAUGAUGUGAAUAGUAAGCCAUCUUGCCUGGGUCUUACUAAAGAUAUCACACAGUACCAAAAGUCUCAGGAGAUAAUUGUGACAGAAGGAAACACUGUAGAGCACUUUGUCGAACCUGAUAUUCCCGACGUCCGGAUAUUUGUUAAACGCCGUAGAAAAAUUAAAAAACCCUAG